UCGUGACUCAGCCAGCGUGUGGAGGCGUGUGGAGCAAGUUUCGCUUCCCUCUGAAAGUCCGAGCUCCGCCCGCUCUCACGCUUUAACUGAUAGGCCGCGACUCGGAUCACAUGUCAGACCGGUUUAAUCUUCUCGCGUCUUCAGCGCCUUCACUGUCUCUCACCGCCGAAAUGCUCUGCCUGCGCGCCGUGCUCUUCGCCUGCGCCCUCCCGCUGUGCAGCCCUCGUCCUCUGGGUCUCCUUCCGGACGAGCCGCUGAACGACAGACCCAUAAUCGGUAUUUUGACUCAGGAGGUCACAGACCCUGAAAUGAAGCCGUAUGGAGGAGCCUACAUCCCUUCAUCUUACGUAAAGUACAUUGAGUCAGGCGGCGCCCGGGUGAUUCCGAUUAGGCUGAAUCAGACCAGAGAAGAGCAUGAAAGAAUCUUCAAAUCAAUCAACGGGCUUCUUCUGAUUGGAGGAGCCUCAAACCUGGAAACCUCAGAAUUCGCCCACACUACUGAGAUUUACUUCAGACUAGCGGUUAAGGCCAAUGAUGUGGGCGACUACUUCCCCAUAUGGGGCACAUGCAUGGGCUUCCAGCUCCUCACUGUUCUGGUGGCUGAACAGAACCUGCUGAGCGAAAUUGCUGCAGAGAAUGUCUCGUUGCCCCUAAACCUCACCUCAGAGGCCUCAUCCAGCCGCAUGUUUGAGGGAUUUCCACCCGAGCUGCUCAAAGCCCUGUCAGAGGAAGCGCUGACUGGGAAUUUCCACCAUUACGGAGUGACGGAGCAGGUUUUCAGGGGGAAUGAGAAGCUAACCAGCUUCUUUUCCAUCCUGUCCAUAAAUACAGCAAAGAAUGGAGCCGUCUUUGUCUCAACCAUGGAAGGCAGGAAAUACCCUUUCUAUGGUGUUCAGUGGCAUCCAGAAGUGAACCGUUUCCAGUGGAGUCCCCAAUACAGCUUCCCGCAUUCCAAGAACGCCGUGCGCUUGGCGUCACUCCUGGCAGAAUUUUUUGUGAAUGAAGGAAGGAAAAGUUUCCACCACUUCAGUCAGGUUGAGGAAGAGAGCAGAGCGCUCAUAUACCACUAUAAUCCUCUUUAUGUAGCAAACUUCACAGCCUACGAGCAGGCCUAUUUCUUCUAACUGACAGACACCUUCAGUUUCAGAUUGGCCAAGAGCUAAUCAGCAUCCUCAGGGCUUUACACGUUCACUGACGUCUGUGUUAAUGCGUGUGUGUAUCCAUUUGUUUAUGUCUUAAUAGUCCAGUAGAAAUGACCAUACAUGUAUUUCUCAUUUUUUGUUGUACAAAACAAUGUAUUUCCUUUUUAUAAUUUAAAUGUUUUUGGAAAAACACAAUGCUGUGAAUUAUAUGCCCAUUUUGAUAGUGUUAUCUCCUUGACUUUACCAGAAGAGGGCAGUAUUUAGCUGGAAAAGACAAAGCAAAGGGCCUAUUCAAUAUAGCGUCAGUCUCAAACAGUCUGCUGAAUGAUGACCAGAAUAUGCAGUAAAACUAUAAGGUGAAACGCUUGUGUCAUUAUCUGCAUGCGCAGCAAGCACCAACAAAUAUAGUGAAACUUGGGUGGUAUGUCUUCCAAAAGAGCUGCUUUAUAAUAGAUAUAAUAAAUAAAUCUUAAAGGUUUUUAAAAAAUCUUAAAAACCUAAAACCUG